AAGAAAAAACUACUCCACCUCACGCCGCUCCACCGUUCCCACAUCGAGCGCCGCCGUCCUGUCGCCACCACUGCCGCUGACGGCGGCGCGAAGCAGAAGCCCAUCCCGCGGCACGAGUCCCCGUGUUCCCUGGACCCAAAAGCUACUCCACCUCACGCCGCUCCACCGCUCCCAAUCCCAGCGCAGCCACCACCGCCGCGGCCGGCAGCGCGAAUCCAGCUUGCUCCUCCCCGCGGCUCGAAUCGCCGUCUCGCUGGCCAAGUUCGGACCAACAAGAUCCCCGUUGCCGUCGGAGGCUGGCCACAGUUCGAAGCCAGCUUGCUCCUCCCCGGCCGAUUAAUCCCCUCUGGUCGCCCGCCGCCGGCUCGCUCGGAAUUCAGCACAAGUCGGAAUCUUUGUCGAGUGCCAGUCCGUGUUGUAGCACUAGAAGCGCCCUGGGAAUCGGAUUCAGUCCAUAUCCGUAUUGUUCUUGGCCUCGGAUUUGCUUCUCCUACUGGAAUUUGAAUCGGCUGGUGAUCUAUCUGUAUAUAAGUAUCGCCAGGAGCCAGCCUUUCCUCUGCAGAAAUUUGCGUUCAACUUACUGAAUUUUUUGUCAGUUUGGCCCAAGCUGAAGAUAUCUGCAGAGAGAUUUGUCAGUUUGGCCGAAGCAGAAGAUAUCUGCAGAGACUCUGCUCCAAUGGAGUCAUGUAGUGUUGCCAGGAUAAUGAGCUUACGGAAGCUUGCUAUACACAGGACGUAUUUGUGCACCCUAAUCUUCAGAAAUUUGCCAAAGCUGCUAGGCUUCACUCCCAGGUUACUGAAGAAAUUCUGCAAAGCUGAACAUGUUGAGCUACAACUGACCAAGAAGACUACACUAGGCACACUGCCGGAGCUGCCUCCGGACAUCUUGAUGGGUAUCUUUGCCACCCUUGAGAUCCCUGACCUUGUGCGUGCCGGCUCUGUCUGCUCCUCCUGGCGCUCCACAUACACAAGCCUACGGAGCCUUGGGCAGUACAAACUCCAGCAGACGCCAUGCCUCCUCUACACUUCCGAAUCCGCUGGUGAGAGUGUUGCAUGCCUCUACAGCCUCGCGGAGAAGAGGUCGUACAAGUUAACUCUCCCGGAGCCGCCUAUACGCACUAGGUGUUUGAUCGGGUCCUCACAUGGCUGGCUGGUAACUGUUGACGACAGAUCUGAGAUGCACCUUGUCAAUCCCAUCACAUGUGAACAGAUUGCUCUCCCAUCAGUGAUCACCAUCGAGCAGGUGAGCCCCAUAGUUGAUGAGUAUGGUGCUCUCCACAAGUAUGAGUUCUCAAGGCACACUGGAACCCGUGGUGCUUAUAGGUCGCCAUCAAUCUUUGCUCUUGACAAGCUGCGGCACGAGCUCCACUAUAAAGCGUUUGUUUUCCCUGAUACAUCCACUGGAAGCUACAUUGUCGUGCUCAUCCAUAAUCCAGUGCGUCAGCUCUCUUUUGCAAGGGUUGGGGAUGAUAAGUGGACCUGGCUGCCACCUCAUGAAGACUAUAGUGACUGCACUUACAAAGAUGGCCUGUUGUAUGCAGUGACUGGAACCGGAGAACUCCAUGCUUUUGAUUUCAGUGGGCCUGUUAUCACAAUGGAGAUGAUUAUAAGUAUGCGCGAAAUGCAUCACUGUGGGUACAUGUACAUUGCUCAAGCUCCAUUGGGCGAUCUGCUGCUUGUUUGGAGAAUCUUUCAGGAUUAUGAUUUAGAACCUGAACCAGGGUCAUCUGUGUUUUGGAACAGUACGGAAUAUAAAAUAUAUGAAUUUGACCCUUUGGGAAGUAAACUGAAGGAAAUAAAUCGCUUGAGUGACCAUGUGUUGUUUCUUGGGCAUAAUCAAUCUCUUUGUCUCAGUGCUGAAGAAUAUCCAUCUCUCUCGGCAAAUCAUGCCUACUUCACUGAUGAUAAUUAUUUAUGGACAUUGGGAUUUAAGAAUAAUCACCGUGAUAUGGGAAUUCUAAACUUGGAUGAUAAUAGCAGGGAGGACCUUGAGUCUCCGCAGCUUUGGUCAAAUUUUCCUGCUCCAAUGUGGAUUACACCUGAUCUUAGGAAGAUGAACUUGGCUUCAGGAUGGAUUGAAGAAAACUGAUCGACGGUCAAUAAGCCAACAAAGGGGUGACUUGCUGGGGUUACUAGAGGAUGUCAUCAACAAAAUAUUCGAGGGACCACCUGGACUGUGUCAGGGUGUACUCAUCGCUUGGCCCUGGUCCUUACAGGCUAGAUUGAACCUAGUUCACGCUGAAUAAAUAGUUUAGAGUUUAAUCUGUCAACAGAAAAGUUUAGUGAUAUGGAUACUUCUUUGUUCUAUGUUCUUGGCAUUUUUUUUCUAAUUUCUUCUGUGAUGCUCGUGUCGACAUCUUGUGGUGGUGUGUUGGUAUAUUUAUUAAUUUUUCAUCAUUUCCGAAUGAUCAGAUGAGUUUGUAAUCAGUAUAUUUUCUACUAUAAUGUCCAGAUUGACAUGUUACUCUAGUGUAACCCUGAUGGUUUGGAAUUAUAAGAAG